AUGCGUGAGGCCACAACUGCGUCAAUGGGCACAUGUCUGCGCCAGUGCGCCAGGCGCGGCACGUUUGUGCUGGUAUGCGCGUUACUGCUGCUGCCGAGCAUAGUGCCAACACCUUUAGUUGACGCGAAACGGCGCGCGGCGCACACAAAGCACCAUGGCGGCGCGGCGGCGGCUGCGGCCGGGUCGGUGGGGGGCGAGGAGGCUUGGGACCCCCAGCAGACUGGGGGCGUCCUGGAGGGGGAUGACGAUGGCACCACAGCUGUGCCGCUAGAGGCUGCAGAGCAGCACUUCCACCUGAUGCCCUCCAGGCCAGAGGUGGAGGACGAGGAUGAGGAUGAGGCAGAGGUGGGGUUGCUGGGGGAGGUGGUCAGCCUACCAGCUGCCAAGAAGGUGGUGCCCAAAGGGUCAAUGCACCCGCGCGGAAAGACCGGCCUGCCACACUGCACCCCCGACGCCAUGGGCCUGGUGCCAAAUGUGACAGGGAGCUGGGUGGACCACCCAAACCCGGAGCACAUCGGCUUGUAUGAUCCGCGCGGCGGCUGCCCCGAGUGGGCCGAGGACUUCAACUGCCUGAGGCCCUACCCGCCCGCGCUGCCCAAUCCAGACCUCGCCGCCCGCGAGUUCCGCAAGGCGCGCGCCUCUAAAACCCCCAACAUUGAAUUCCCAAGAAUUGUAUAUCCCCACCAUAAAAUGAUGGUGUUUUUGGCGGAUCAGUGCCAGCUGCGGCAGUUUGAUGCAAACGCCUUCCAGACCUGCUUCACCGGCCGCCGCCUCUUCCUUAUCGGUGACAGCCUGAUGCGGCAGCAGUUUGCCUCGCUGGCGUGCCUGCUGAAGGGGGUGAGCGCCUCGGGCAAGAGCGCGCGAUGGGACCUGUCGGACAUCAAGCUGCAGGGAGACUAUCUGCACGCCUGGGGCGACCGCACAUCGUCUGUGUCCAAGCAAUUCGUCGGCGAAUUCACCCUCAACAACGGCGCGCAGGUGAUCAUCCGCUCGUUCGGCACAUACCAGGCGCAGUUGUGGGACGAUAUUUUUGCCGAGUUUGCGCCAAUCACUGAGAAUGACGUCAUCCUGGUGAAUUUUGGCGCCUGGUACCCGCGCUUCAAGAUCAGUGAGCCCCACCUGCCCUGGCAGGAGUGGCAGAACUCCAUGACCGAGCUCUUCACCCAGAAGCUUGCCACCACACCCGCUCAGGUGGUGUGGAAGGACUAUUCCCCCAGCCACUUCUGCGGCGCAACAGGCACAUUCAACGGCAUCGAUGAGUCACUGCCGGGCGUCCCGCCGCGCACCAAAUGCGAGCCGGCCUCCGUGGGAGAGUACUGGUACGGCGACUGGACGCGCACAUUCCUGAACACGACCUGUGGCGGGCCGUGCGCGAAGAUUCGGGUGCUGCCGAUCUUUGACCUGUCGCUGCCGCGCUUCGACAGCCACCACGGAAGCUUCGGCCGCGGCCGAUUCGAUGACAAGGCGACCGAUUGCCGCCACUUCUGCAACAAUGUUGUCGACGUCUGGAACACAGUCUUUUUCAAUAUGCUCUGCUCCUAA